AUGAGGGGCCCGGGUCUGUUCUCCGAGAUCAGGAAGAAGGGAAAAGAUCUGCUGCGAAAGGACUACAGCUAUGAUCAGAAGAUCACUUUCUCGAGCCCCACCAAGACUGGAGUGGGCCUCACGACCAAUGCAGUGAAGAAGGGUGGGCUCUACAUCGGUGACAUUGCAUCACAGUACAAGUACAAGAACACGACCUUUGAUGUGAAAGUGGAUACGGAGUCAAAUGUCUCAUCGACUGUGACUCUGGAGGAGUUUCUUCCUUUCACGAAAGCAGUUGGCACCCUCAAGCUACCAGACAACAGCUCAGGCAAGCUGGAGGUGCAGUACUUCCAUGACCAUGCUAGUGUCGCUGGAGCUGUUGGCCUGAAGCAGUCUCCCAUCGUUGACCUCUCCGCCACUGUCGGUUCCCAGGGGAUCGCCUUCGGAGCUGAGGCGGCCUUCGACACCAGCUCGGGAACCUUCACCAAGUACAAUGCCGGCCUCAGCCUGAAGAAGCCCGACUACAUUGUCUCAAUUCUUCUGGCUGACAAGGGAGACACCCUGAGGGCCUGCUACGUCCACCACCUCAGUGAGCUGGAUUCCCUCACCUCAGUGAAGACGAAGCUCAACAAUGGCAGGAAAUUCGGGGCCCUUUUCCAGCACCAGCUCAGGCCCAACAACGUUCUCACCAUCAGUGGAGAAUUCGACACCAAAUCCCUCGACAAGAAGCCCAGGUUCGGCCUAGCUCUCGCCCUCAAACCCUGA